UCUCUUUCAUUCAUUGACUCACCAAAAUCUUCUCCAUCUUUCUCCUCUUCUUCUCUUUCACUUUCUUCCAAAAACAACCUCAAAAAAAAACAACCUCAAAAAACAUCCUCAAAAAACAACCUCAAAUGGUGUUACUAUCCAAACCAUCCUCAGAACAAUACACCUACGUUAGAAACAACAUGCCAACCACAUUUUCCUCAUCAAUCCCUCUUGUAGACCUAUCAAAUCCAGAUGCAAUGAGCCUCAUAGUGAAAGCUUGUGAAGAUUUUGGAUUCUUCAAAGUCAUAAACCAUGGAAUCCCUUUGGAAGCUAUGGCCCAAUUGGAAUCUGAGGCCUUCAAAUUCUUCUCUCUCCCUCAAACAGAGAAGGAUAAAGCAGGGCCUGCUAACCCUUUUGGCUAUGGUAACAAACGUAUUGGUCUCAAUGGUGAUGUUGGUUGGAUUGAAUAUCUUCUCCUCACCACCAAUCAAGAACAUAAUUUCUCUCUUCAUGGCAAAGACAUUGACAAAUUUCGGUGUUUGUUGAAAGAUUAUAAGAGUGCAAUGAGGAAAAUGGCAUGUGAGAUACUUGAUUUGAUGGCUGAGGGGUUAAAGAUACAACCAAAGAAUGUGUUUAGCAAGCUUGUGAAUGAUGAAGAGAGUGAUUGUGUUUUUAGGGUUAAUCAUUACCCUGCUUGUCCUGAGUUAGCUAUAAAUAGUGGUGAGAAUUUGAUUGGAUUUGGAGAACACACUGACCCUCAAAUUAUUUCAAUUUUGAGGUCAAACAAUACUUCAGGUUUUCAAAUUUCUCUUAGAGAUGGAAGCUGGAUUUCAGUCCCACCUGAUCAUAGCUCAUUCUUUAUCAAUGUUGGUGAUUCUCUUCAGGUUAUGACUAAUGGAAGGUUCAAAAGUGUGAGACAUAGAGUUUUGGCAAAUGGGAUAGACCCAAGGCUGUCAAUGAUUUACUUUUGUGGACCACCUUUGAGUGAGAAAAUAGCACCAUUGCCUUCACUCAUGAAAGGAAAAGAAAGCUUGUAUAAGGAAUUUACAUGGUUUGAGUACAAGAGUUCAACUUAUGGUUCAAGGUUGGCUGAUAAUAGGCUUGGAAAUUAUGAAAGGAUUGCUGCCUCUUAAUAUUACAAGGUUGUCAAUAGAAAUGUGGAUACAAUGCAGACAGCUAUAUGGAUACAAUGCAGAUCAAAUAUAUCGGUUAUUCAAUGAAGCGCACAUCAGAUAUAUUGGUUACUAAGUGAAACGAAACGAAUAUUAAUAGUAUGUAGUAUAAUUAUUUUAAAAAUUUUUUUUUUUAUUUGCUUAAUGUCUUUUUCUUUGUGUACUUUUAAGGUUAAAAUUAUAAGUUAUGAGGUGUCAUAUAGAUAUGAUAGUAUUUAUUCCCCUUUUCUUCAACACUCAUGUAAGUACUUUUCUAAAUAUAUAAAAUAUGUUUGUGUUAA